AUGCAUCCGGAGAAGUGCUUACCUGAACUGGUAGCCGAGAAGAAGGGCUUGGACCCCACCUAUGUUCAUGCCGUGCGUCUGCUUGCAGAAGAGAUUGAAAAGUAUGAAGGUGAUGAAUCGAGAAAAGAUGGCAGCACUAACAAAUACCUAGAUAUCAUCAGCAAUAAAAAUAUCAAGCUCUCUGAAAGAGUUCUCAUUCCAAUCCAACAGUAUCCAAAGUUUAAUUUUGUCGGAAAGUUGCUGGGACCACGGGGAAAUUCCAUGAAACGACUACAGGAGGAGACGGGAGUCAAGAUGUCAAUCCUCGGCAAAGGGUCCAUGAGGGAUAAAGGCAAGGAAGAAGAAUUAAGGAAAAGCGGGGAGGCCAAAUACGCCCAUCUGAGUAAUGAUCUACACGUUUUAAUUGAAGUCUUUGCUCCACCUGGAGAGGCCUAUUCGCGCAUGAGUCACGCCUUGGAGGAGAUAAAGAAAUUCCUAGUUCCAGACUACAAUGACGAGAUCAGACAGGAGCAGCUGAGAGAGCUCUCGCUGCUGAACGGCUCCGAAGAGUCGAGCCGAGGCAGGAGCGCGCCGGUGAGGAGUGCACGACCGGCAGCCACCAUAUCCACAGGGGGCCACAGAGGCACAGGGAGGAGUGCAGCAGCACCUCGGGGGACAGCAGCAGCGACGCACGGCAAACUACCUACGACUGUUCUCACGAGGGAGGUACAAGCCCCGAGAGCCAGGGGGGCAGCAGGGAGCGCAGGAUACAGACCCCUGCUGUUAGCAGUCACACAUGAGUCAUACGACGACUAUGGCUACGACGAUGGGUACGGUGGAGAAUACGACGACGACAGUUACGAAGCCUACGAGGAAAACUACAGCAAUCAGGCAAAGAGUAUUUCAGAAUAUUAUGAUUAUGGACAUGGCAACAGUGAUGAAUCCUAUAACAACUAUGCCAAGGAGGACUGGGGGACUUCCCGUCCAAGUCACAAAGCCCCUGUUUUACGGCUGACAAGAGGGGGCUACAGAAAACAUCCCUAUGGUAGAUACUGAAGUUAAAGAAACACACUACUGUGUGAUUUGGUCAAAGCAGAGACCACCAUUACAGUAGGCUCGGGAAUCUGCUCCCAGAGGACUGAAGAUUGGACUCAGCCAUCAGACACGUUCGGGCCCUUCAUCAGUCAGGAGAGGAGCUCGAGAUGAGAGGAAUGAAGAUGGAACAUGAAACAAGGACAGACAAAUGACUCGCAGGUAAGGAAGCCGU